UAUGCACCGCUAGUUGUGACGCAGCCGCGGUGGAUGCUGGGAAAACAGUGUAAGCGGUGGAGGUCAGAGAGAAGCUUUUAAUAUGUCUCUAGUUGGUUUUUCGUCCUUGAGGUGCUGUGCUGCGUCGAUACUCCGUUCCUCCAAAACGCUGCUGGCAGUCCGAUGUGCCCAAACAGCAGCAGCACAGUCCAGAAUAAAGAAGUUUGAGGUGUACCGAUGGGACCCAGAUACUCCAGGAGACAAACCCCGCAUCCAGACCUAUGAGAUUGACCUCAACACUUGUGGCCCAAUGGUUCUUGAUGCCUUGAUCAAGAUUAAGAAUGAGAUGGAUUCGACUCUGACUUUCCGCCGCUCCUGCAGAGAAGGUAUUUGUGGUUCCUGUGCGAUGAACAUCAAUGGAGGCAACACACUUGCGUGUCUUAAUAAGAUUGACACAAACACAAGCAAACCAAUGAAGAUCUACCCGUUGCCACAUAUGUAUGUGGUCAAGGAUCUGGUGCCUGACAUGAGUAACUUCUACGCCCAGUACAAGUCCAUUGAACCGUACCUAAAGAAGAGGGACGAGACAAACGAAGGGAAGGAGCAGUACCUGCAAAGUGUGGAGGACAGGCAGAAACUGGACGGGCUGUAUGAAUGUAUCCUCUGUGCUUGCUGCAGUACAAGCUGCCCCAGCUACUGGUGGAAUGGAGACAAAUAUCUCGGACCUGCUGUCCUCAUGCAGGCGUAUCGUUGGAUGAUUGACUCACGAGAUGAGUAUACAGAGGAGCGUUUGGCCAAACUGCAGGAUCCUUUUUCUCUCUACCGCUGUCACACAAUCAUGAACUGCACCAAGACCUGCCCUAAGGGGCUGAACCCGGGAAAAGCGAUAGCUGAGAUCAAGAAGAUGAUGGCCACAUACAAAGAGAAGAAAGCAGCUGCUGUUUGAACCUUGUUAUCCUCCUGUACAACAUUAAUAAAUAUUUUCUAAUUAAAGCACACCUAUCAACACACUCAGAAAACUC